CGCUGCUGAAGCAAUGAAUACUAUUGCUAAUACUUUAAAAUGUGGUGAUAAAAAGUUUCUUAUCAAAAUUGAUUUUUAUCGUGGUAAUAGAACCCAAGACUCUAUAACUUGGUUAAAAAAAUUUGACUGA